AUGACGACUUUGUCGCCUUCAAACCUGCUUGACCAGUCCCCCCAGAUCAGGGAGCUGGUCAGCAAGAUUCCGAUCCCUACCUUGGACCGCCCCUUUGGCAUUCAUCUAUGGAGCCUCUUCAAUAAGGCCUUUGAGCUCGUUGUUGGCUACCCUGCCGAUGACUUCAGGUUCAAGCCCGGCCAGACGCCCAUGUCCACGAUGAAGGAGACGGGCAUUUUUAUCGUUGUAUACUACGCCAUCAUCUUUGGCGGCCGUGAAAUCAUGCGUAACCGCGAACCUUUCAAGCUGCAGAAGCUGUUUCUCAUUCACAACUUCUACUUGACUGCCAUCAGCGCCAUCCUGCUCGCCCUUUUCGUCGAAGAGCUGCUGCCCACUGUGGUCCGCCAGGGAAUCUUCUAUACAAUCUGCGACAGGGAGGGCGGCUGGACCAAACCCCUGGUUGUUCUCUACUAUUUGAACUACCUGACCAAGUACCUCGAGCUCCUGGAUACCUGCUUCUUGUUUCUCAAGAAGAAGCCGCUUACUUUUUUGCACUGCUACCACCACGGCGCGACGGCCCUUCUCUGCUAUACUCAGCUAAUUGGCUCGACCUCCGUUUCGUGGGUCGUCAUUACGCUGAACCUUUUGGUACACGUGGUCAUGUACUGGUACUACUUCCAGAGCGCGCGCGGUGUCCGCAUUUGGUGGAAGGAGUGGAUUACCCGUCUCCAAAUCUCCCAAUUCGUCAUUGACCUCGGGUUUGUCUACUUUGCCUCGUACACUUAUUUUACCUCGACCUACUUCCCCAACAUGCCCAAUGCCGGAAAAUGCGCAGGCGAGGAGUUUGCUGCCUUCUCGGGUAUUGGAAUCAUCAGCUCUUACCUCUUCCUCUUCAUCUCGUUCUACUUCGCCACGUACAAGAAGGACGGAAAGCGGCCUAGUGGCCGAAAGGCCGUGCGGAGAAUGAGCCAAGCCCCCCUGCCGGACGCGCACCAGAUGCUUAACGGGCGGGCUUCAAGCGGCACCGGAAACGGAAGUGCCAAGUCGACCGGCGCGAAGAUUAACGGCUCCGUUCGAUCCCGGAGAGCCUAG